AUUACAGGCCCACCGGAGAGCCCUUGCUCAUGAGUCGAGCUUACUUUCUCUGUCUUCCAUUGCCUUCUCUGUCGCUCUCCCCAGUGUCUAGUAGAAACUUCCGGCCAAAAUCUCAGGUUAGUUGAAGCAAACACGCGAGGGGUAAGAGAGAUAGGGAGAGAUGGGGGUGGAUUACUACAAGAUUUUGCAGGUAGACCGAAACGCGAAAGAAGAUGACCUGAAGAAAGCGUAUCGGAAGCUUGCCAUGAAAUGGCACCCAGACAAGAACCCCAAAAACAAGAAAGAAGCCGAGGCCAAAUUCAAGCAAAUUUCCGAGGCUUACGACGUUCUGAGUGACUCACAAAAGCGAGCAGUCUACGACCAGUACGGCGAAGAAGGGCUCAAGGGUCAGGUCCCACCGCCCGGUGCGGGUGGGUUCUCCGGCAUGCCUGAUGUCGGUGGCGGUGGGCCCACCAUGUUCCGCUUCAACCCAAGGAACGCCGACGACAUCUUCUCUGAGUUCUUCGGAUUCUCGACACCCUUCGGAGGUAUGGGCGACAUGGGUGGCCGUGGCGGUGGUCCUGCUUUUUCGAGGAGCGUAUUUGGGGAAGAUAUCUUCUCUCAGUUUAGGGGUGGAGGUGGUGAGGCUUCGGGUAAUGCUCUACGUAAGUCUCCCCCGAUCGAAAGGACCCUCCCUUGUAGUUUGGAGGACUUGUACAAGGGAACCACCAAGAAGAUGAAGAUUUCCAGGGACGUCACUGAUUCUAGUGGGAGACCCUCAAACGUAGAAGAAAUUCUGACAAUUGAGAUAAAGCCGGGGUGGAAGAAAGGGACGAAGAUCACUUUUCCAGAGAAGGGAAACGAGCAGCGAGGUCUGAUACCUUCAGAUUUGAUCUUCAUCAUUGAUGAGAAGCCUCACAGUGUCUUCAAGAGGGAUGGCAAUGACUUGAUUGUCACACAGAAGAUCUCUCUUGUGGAAGCUCUGACAGGAUACACAGUACAGUUGACAACUCUGGAUGGACGGAAUUUGACCAUCCCCAUUAAUUCUGUUAUAAGUCCUAGCCACGAAGAAGUUGUGAAGGGGGAGGGGAUGCCAAUUCCCAAAGAACCUUCUAAGAGAGGAAACUUGAGAAUCAAAUUUAACAUCAAGUUCCCUAGCAGGCUUACGCAAGAUCAGAAGACGGGUAUUAAGCGGUUGUUGGCAUCAUAAUGAUUGAUGGUAUAUCUCUCUACCAACUUCGUGUAAGUUCUUGUGCAUUACUCUUCUUUUCGCUGGCUUCUUCAGGAAUGGAAAUUUAAGCAUUUUGCUUUUGAUCAUGGAUUUCAUGGGAGCAGCUAAUUGGGGAGUUAAAAUUAGUAUAUGAUUAUUUUUUCUUCUAUUGAAUUCUUUGUUCAGUUUCUAGGUCUUCCUGCAAUGCCAACUGUAGCUAAAUCACUUGUAGGAAACUGAAAAAAGGUGUUUGAUUUUCCAAAGAUUAGUUAAGGCUUAGAGUGUGCGGGAUGCAUAGCAAGUUAAA